ACAAUAAUAACACUAUGAGUUGAGUGGUCUGCUGGUCUGCAGCUGGACCUACUUGGUUCGUUCGCUUCGUCGGGUGGGGGGGCAUGACGUCAUCGUCGCAUUGGUAGCAUCUUUAGACCCGUGUUGUUUGUUCCGGUUAAGUUUUUCCACGCCACUUCCGGUGAAGAGGAGCAGAAUGAGCCGCUUUCUUUCCUCCGUCGAUGAAUACCUGGGUAUGUUAGCACGUUAGCUGUGUGUGUGUGUUCUUCAAGGUGUAGCCUUGUGAGGACCAUGUAAACCACACGAUUUAGACCAUAUUCCAUCUUUAAAGGGCUUCUUUAGGGUUAAGACCUGGUUUUAGGGUUAGGGUAAAAGUGAAGGGGCUAGUCAGGGAACGCAUUAUGUCUAUGGGGUCCUCACUAUGUAUGAAGUGCAAACGUGUGUGUAGCUGGAAUUCCUCAUGUUGUGGGGACAUGAAUCUAAUUUAAAGCCUUAGGUCAGUACUAGUUAUGGUUAAGGUUAGAGUGUCUCCGGGAAAUUAAUGAAUGAAUGAGAGCGUGUGCAUGCGUGUGUGUGUGUUCCCAGGUGACAGUCACGUGCUCUUCUACCUGAGUGAUGCAGUGACUCAGCUGCUGGAACAUAAAGAAGAGUACAGUCAGUUCGGAGUGAGCCGCUACUUUGCUGAGUAUUUCAGCAGUGUGAAGAACAGUAACCACGUCCUCUUCAGAGAGUUUAACUACAUCACAGCGACUCCUCACAACAGGUCGUCCUUCAUCAGAGUCUUCUGGAGAUGCUACAGACAGAUCGGGAAGAGUGGAGAGCUGCUGUCAGUGCUGGAGUUCAGGUCUCUGCUGCAGCUGCUGUGUCCAGAUUUCCCAGUGGAGAUGGUUCAGAGUACAGGCCGAAUCGUUCUGAUGGACGACGCCGUCGACUGUCUGAUGUCAUUCUCCGACUUUAUUUAUGCCUUCCAGCUUCAGCUCUACUACAGAGAGUUCCUGGACAGCGUGUUGACGAUCUACCAGGACCUGUUGGCGGGAAAGAGUCCGAACACCGUCAUCGUCCCCACCUCCACCUCUGUGGAGCUGCUCCCCCCUGUGGCCACAGAGGAGAAUGACAAGGAGCGGCAGCAGCAUGACGGAGUGGAAGCGUCCACUCUGGCUGAGUGUGUGGACGCACUGUGUGACAGGUUUAAGCACAGUCAUCCCUCCAGGUCCUCGAUGACAGAAAUCCUGGCAGAAAAGGAUAAAAUCUGUUUCUACAGCUUCUUAAUGAGUCUCUCCAAACACGGCGGUGUCAACCAGGACAUCGGAGCGUUACCGAGCAUGGCGGAGCUACUGAUCGACCCAGAGAUGGACCAGGAACUGGACAAACUUGUGGCUCAGAUCGCCGUCAGUCCCGGCAGCAACAGCAGCGGCAGCGCCGUGAUCGGCCUGAAGGAGCAGCAGAGGAAGGCGUCGCCUCGGAGGAACAUCCAUCACCGGAGGAAGAUGGAGGUGGAAAGUGACGGCUCCACUGAAGAGACCGACUCCUCUGAGAACUGACCUCUGACCCCUGACAUGUUGCCUUCCAUUCUUUCUUUUCAGUUUCAG